CCCGAUCCAAGAGGCUGAAGGAGACAGAGACAGCAGGACAAAGAGCAAGAGGCAGAGCCAACACUUUGAGUGAUUUUGAUGAGCAGUUCAGGGCCUACAGCGAAGAAAUUACAAAAGAUGAAUCAGUGAGUAAUGGAACUUGACUGACAGGACAACAAACUGGUCCACCUGGUCGGCACUGGGGGCUAUUGUCAGAAGAUUGAUCACUGGAUAUGACUUUUAGAGGACCUUACUCCACUUUGGACUUUUGAUACACUGGACAACGUGGUGAUUGAAGAGAACAAGCAAGGGAAACCAAGAGAUGUGAGGAGUACACUACAGCUUUGAGUAAGACCAAGAUCAAGAACUUCAUCUCCAAAACAUUUUUUUAAACACUAUAAAAAGGACUAAUACCAGUGCUAGGUGAUUUACAGAAAUGAUACUCUGUGUUUAUAGUUUAUAGACUUAUGCAGCCGAGCAGAGAUAUUACUUGAGAAACAAACUAACAAAAAGUAAACAAUAUAUCUUAUUUCAAGCUCUAAUUAAACUGUUCCUUUACUAAAACAAGCGAUUCUAACUUCUACAUAAAAGUGUGUAAAUGUGACUUGAUAUUACGCAGACCACCGUAAUUACAAAGCAAGCUCAGGGAAGAAUUACAGACAUUUGUAAUUAAGGACCAUCUAUAAAAAGGCACCCAAGGAAAGGGUGAGGUCUGUGAAGAGAAAAAGGAGAAAAAAAGAGUCAGCCACAAGGACAGAGAACAGGACGGCAGGAGUCUCCUCAAGAAAAGCAGCUGCCUCUACGAGACAACGCACACCAUGGACUCUCAUGGAGGACACUACCUCAACAAAGAAGCUGUGCUGUCACCUUUAGGUGCAGCCCGAAUAUGCCAGCUGCUACUCGGUUGCACCAUAAUGUCCCUCGUGUCCCACGGCGCAGACUACAGCGCCACCUAUGGAAUCUUCUGCAUGUUCGUCUGGUGCUUCUGCUUUGCGGUCACACUGGUCGUGUUCACCUUGGACAUCACGCGGCUCCACGCAUGCAUGCCCAUUUCCUGGGAUAACUUCACCGUGGCGUUUGCCAUGCUGGCAACGCUCAUGUACAUCACCGCCUCUGUGGUCUACCCGGUGUACUUCAUCCAAACAGAGUGCCCCGAUGAGGACUGCGAAGUCCAAAUCUACCGCAUUGCUGUCACCGUCUGCUCCAGUGUCUGCUGCUUCCCCUAUGGCGCUGAGGUGUUCCUAACUCGAGCCAAGCCAGGGGCCGUGGUGGGCUACAUGGCCACUGUGUCCGGGCUACUCAAGGUGAUCCAGGCUUUUGUGGCCUGCAUUAUUUUCGGAGCCCUGGCCAAUGACGGCGAGUACACCCUCUACGUUGCCACCCAGUACUGUGUGGUGGUGUACAGCCUGUGCUUCUCUGUCACGGUCAUCGUGGUCGUACUGACUGUUUCUGGACGGACCUCUGCCCUGCGGUUCCCCUUUGAUCGGUGUGUGAUUGUCUACACCUUCUUCGCUGUGAUCCUCUACCUCAGCACUGCACUGGUCUGGCCCAUCUUCAGCUUUGACAAGAAGUACGGUAACACUACUCGUCCUGAGGACUGCCCCCGCGGAGCAUGUGCCUGGGACAGUAAGCUAGUGGUGGCAGUGUUCACCAACGUCAACAUGAUUCUAUAUUUCGUGGACCUCGUUUACUCCCAGAGGAUUCGCUUUGUCUCCGGCUCUGCUGUCUGAACCCCUCCUCCCCGAAAGACUGUUUGGAUUAAAACACAAACAAAGAAACUUUGAGUCCACAUCAUGCUCUCCACAGUCAGGUCUCUGUGAAGGAAUAAUUCCCUUGGAUCCAUAGAUUCAUGGUGUCAAACCUAUGUGUGGCAUAUCUUUUAUUAUCAGUAUUUCUUUUAGAGACUUUUGCCUGUAGGCAGCAACACGGACAGAGUUCCCCUUUUAUGAGCUUAAAAGGUCUUCGCCCAGUUCUGCUGUGACCUACCAGGGAGAGACAACAAGCUGAUCUCAGCAUCUUUGUCCACAGAGGAUCCUGGGAGGUACGUCCCUCUCAUCGCCAAAUACACUCCACAGACCUUGGCUGGUGGCAUACAGGACGGACCUAUGGGAGUGUGGGAAAUGUUUGGAAUAUCGUAACAGUGUUAUGUCAGUCAGAGUACAGAGGUCGAACAAUUUAUUUAUGUAUUAAUAUAUGCAUUAAAAUGGUUGUAAAAUGUAAAAAGGAUGAAUUUAUAUAGAGAUGAAUUGCAUAUGUUAAGUCUACAGUAUGCACUGAACUUUGCUUUCGGUUUCGUCUUUCUAGACCUUUUUGUACUUUUUCCUCCACAGAUGAAAUGCCAAAGGUUGAAGUUUAUUAGGCCGUUCCUGUCAUCCACUGAAUGUUAAAUGUAUCUUAUACAUGAAUUAAUUUUGACAACAGUAUAUUUGUAUUGUAUUCGGGAUAAGCACAGUCAUGUAGUGUAAUCUCAUUUUUUGCUAUAUUUCUGAUGUGUUCCACGGUUAAUAAAAAUGGAA